GCUCCUCUGAGACACGCCGCCAGGAAGCCGUGCUGAGCGGUGAGUACAGGGCUUAUUAUUUGGGCUGUUAAUCUAAAUCCAUUGUACCUGCUUGGAAAACCCCCGGUGCAGUACUCCCUGCACUCGCCACAUCCUCCCCAGAAUAUCUAUGAGCAUCUCCCUUCCCGCCCCCCUGGGUCCCCUCUGCCAGUUGCAAUACACAUACAUAACUUCCACUGGAAAGCCAUGCAGAAAAAAAAGAAACAUGUUGUCAAGGGAAACUCUUCCAGCAUUUCUUACAGAUAGGCUCAAUCUGCUUUUGUAUUUGAUUUUUGCUGUCCUAAAUGCACCUAUUAGAGAUGUUUUUUCUCCACAAGGUACAUAUUCAUGUGAAUGCCCGAUGCCUGGUUCGUGCUGGGCUCGUGCAAUUCCCAUAGCUGCUCCUUAAAACAGCUUACAGCAUAUUUCCAAAUUUAUUGGGAAGAAACUGGCUUGAUCUGUUCCAUCAUUGACAGAGACGACGGCGUAACUAAAAGGGAAAUUUGCAAAUUCGCAUGACUCCAGACAGACACAUUUGUAUUCUCUGCCCGUUGUGCCUUUGCGAAGGAACACACCCGACCUUCCCCAUCCUUUAGCAGCAGGCAGCCCCGCAGGCACCACGCCGGGUGGGUGAUCCAAGGGAGCACGCAGCGCCGGGUCCAAAGCCCAGCACCGCCCUGAGGCUGAGCUCAGCUCCUCAAGCCAAGAGUUAGAGAACUCCUCAUUGCUGCCCUACGUUCCUCGAUGAAAGCGAGACGUGGGCAGGCGUCAUUUGCUCUAUGCAGAAACAAACAUCGGAAAGGAGAAUCUCCAGGGGAGAACCCUGUGCUGCACCCUCAGCCCCAGCCCGCCCCACCGGGGCUGUUCCCAGCCAGGGCUCUGCUACCUCCUCUCACCCGCUCUGCUCUGAGCUCCACAUUUUGUCGCAGAGGAGCCCCCAGGGGCCGCCCAAAGCAGCAGAUGUGUGGGGGGAAGCGUGGUUGUGGGGACUGAGGGCAAAGCCGGUGCCAGGGCUGUGGGGCUGCACCCUGCCAGCUCCACCACGACCCCGCAAACAGCGAUGCUUGGGCACACCAGGUGAGCGGCAUCUGUUCUCAAGGUGACUUAGAUGGCAAGCAGCAUUUGCCUUCUUAAUUUAAACCUCAGGUUGAGAUGGGUAAAUGCACUUCAGGGUGUGGGGCUGCUGCUCUCCGUUAGGUGCUGGAGCUGGUUCUCCGUGGCAAACAGCAUUGCUGCUGUGUGGAACAGCGGGGCUCCCCGAAACCCGUAAAAUGCAGAAACACUGAAAUCAGAACUUCCCGUUUUCAUCCCCUACCGACAUACAGGUUCUUAUUUCAGAGCCAUCAGUGGUUCUGAGUCACCUCUCUGUUAUGUUUCAACACUAUGAAAAUACAUAGUAAUGUUUUACACGGCAGGACACACGCGUACAAACACAGCGGGCAGGUGCGUUGUGUUGGCACUCCUGCCGUGGAAACUCCCCGCUCUCAUUUCCCCCCUCCAACACCAAAGAACGAAGCCCAGAGCCGCCCCCUCCCCCACCCCCACGUGCAUCCCAUUCCCCGCGUGCCCCCGUCCCAGCCCCGCUGCGUCUCCCCCGCAGGUGGAGGGGCUCCCGCUCUGCCGAUCAUGGUCAACAAGACCUUAACCUACUGGGGUGCCGCCUUCGAGGAGGACCUUAUCAACAUCAACGUGGGGGGGCUGCGGCGGCGGCUGAGCCCCAGCGCGCUCUCCAAGUUCCCCGACACGCGCCUGGGCCGCCUGCUGUCCUGCGACUCGGAGGAGUCCAUCCUGCAGCUCUGCGAUGACUACGACGUGAGCGCCCGGGAGUUCUACUUCGACCGCAACCCCGGCUUCUUCCUCUACGUGCUGCACUUCUACCAGACGGGCAAGCUGCACGUGAUGGAGGAGCUGUGCGUCUUCUCCUUCUGCCAGGAGAUCGAGUACUGGGGCAUCAACGAGUUCUUCCUGGACUCGUGCUGCAGCUACCGCUACCACGAGCGCAAGCUGGAGGGCCGGCACCACACCUGGGACGAGGAGAGCGAGGUGAGCAGCGUGGACACGUCGCCCGACGAGAUCUCGGACAUCAACCACGAGCUGCUGCGGUACAGCACGCUGCGCUGCGGCACGGCACGCAAGCGGCUCUGGCUCACCAUGGAGAACCCCGGCUACUCCAUCCCCAGCAAGCUGUUCAGCUUCGUGUCCAUCAGCGUGGUGCUGGUGUCCAUCGCCACCAUGUGCAUCCACAGCAUGCCCGAGUACCAGCGCGUGGAUGAGAGCGGAGCCGUGCUCGACGAGCCCGUCCUGCACAAACUGGAGUACUUCUGCAUCUCCUGGUUCACCUUCGAGGUGUCCUCCCGCCUCCUGCUCUCCCCCAACCCCAAGAAGUUCUUCAAGCACCCGCUCAACCUCAUCGACAUCGUCUCGGUGCUGCCCUUCUACUUCACGCUGCUGGUGGACGUGACGGCGGGCAGCGACUCGGAGCUGGGCAACCUGGGCAAAGUGGUGCAGGUCUUCCGGCUGAUGCGCAUCUUCCGCGUGCUGAAGCUGGCGCGGCAUUCCACCGGGCUGCGGUCGCUGGGGGCCACCCUGAAGCACAGCUACCGGGAGGUGGGCAUUCUGCUGCUCUACCUGGCUGUGGGGGUGUCUGUCUUCUCCGGCGUAGCCUACACCGCAGAGAAGGAGGAGGACGUCGGCUUUGACACCAUCCCGGCGUGCUGGUGGUGGGGCACGGUCAGCAUGACCACGGUGGGGUACGGUGACGUGGUGCCCGUCACCGUGGCGGGGAAGCUGGCCGCCUCGGGCUGCAUCCUGGGCGGCAUCCUGGUCGUGGCACUGCCCAUCACCAUCAUCUUCAACAAGUUCUCCCACUUCUACCGCAAGCAGAAGGCGCUGGAGGCUGCCGUGAGGAACAGUGAGAAGAAGGAGCCCGAGGAGAUGGACAGCGAGCGGGACUCAGAGGUGCUGAGUGAGAGCUCCCUGGGGAGGGGCAGCCCCGACCGCCGCAGUCUCACCCCUGGUGCCCUCUCUGCUCCUUGAGUCCCGUGCAAAGGACAGGGGGUCGGGGUCGGUGCAGAAUGAGCCCAGGAGGAGCGGCUGCUGCAGACACUGGCACCCAGCCCACACAGCACAGAGCCUGCCAAGGGCCGCCAAGGCACGGGGGACACUGCUGGGCACAGAGCAGCUGCCUCUGCUGCGUGUGUGUGCCCCCGACUCCUGGUGCUGGAAGAACUGAGGCUGCAGCCCCUGUGCAGGAGGGAGCAGCCUCACUGCAGCCCUGAGCAGGGCCCGCAGGGAGCGACGACAGAGGGACCUUGUGCUGCUCCUCACCAGCUCCUGCCUGACCCCUCACAGCCAGGCGGGGGGCACCCCCAUCCCACCUGGCCCCCGACCUGGCUGCGCACAUCCCAGCACAGCAUCAAUUCCCCAAGCAACGUUUACCCUGCAGCCACCCGACCAGCCCAGAGCCACGCAGAUGGCUGCGGGAUGGCCCUGGCCACCUGCACGAUGGCUUUCAGGGCACGGCAGUGGGUGGGGAUGGCUCUGCCACAGGGACUGCUGACCUCGGGGAAGAGAAGACGGAGCUGGCAUGGACACAGCCCCUCUGCAUGGCUGGGAGCAGGGUGCGGGUGCCCAAGUCUGUGUCUUCCAGCACGGUCUGCUCCAGUCCGGCUCCUGCUGCACUGUUACUUGAACAAAGGAAGGAGUUUCCCCUUCUCUCCAUAGGUAUUCCA